AUGUCUCCCUCGAAGCACCACCUUGCACGACUUCCGACGCCUGUAAGCCGCUGGCUGGGAUACAGAGACGAAGCUCCCCCAAAACAACCGGAUUGCGUCGUCUGGAUCUGGUCCUUCGUCGGCGCUUUCCUUGGAAUAUCGGUCAUUCAAGCCGUCUUCCAGCAAGCACAGUAUUUCGUGGAGAGGGGUGUACCAUCCAUCGUUGCCAGCUAUGGUGCCUCGGCCGUUCUGAUCUACGGAGCAGUGGAUGUGCCGUUAGCGCAGCCUAGGGCUCUCUUCGGCGGCCAUUUCCUCGGUGCGCUGACCGGGAUAUGCAUCACCAAGCUCUUCCACCUCCUACCUACGGAAGAGCGGUUCCAGGACCUGCUCUGGCUAGCAGGUUCGCUUUCGUGUGCAACGUCCAUUGUCUUGAUGCAAAUUACCGGUACCGUGCAUCCUCCAGCGGGCGCAACGGCAUUGCUCGCGGCUGUCAACACAGAAAUUCGGGACAUGGGGUGGUACUACCUGCCUGUUCAUUCUGCUCACAUCCUCCCUGGCACUCAUCGUGGCCUUAAUCACGAACAACAUCCAAAGACGAUAUCCCGUGUUUUGGUUUCAGCCCGCCAUGCCACCGAAACCUGCUUCGCCGCCUGCUUCCUCUAG